GCUAUUGCCAGUGUUCAGGAAUGUGGCGAAUUGGCUUCUGGACAGAGAAGGAAAAAAGGGUCAGAGGAAAACCUCAAAGUAGGUGUACUUUGCUGCAUCUUGCCUUUUCCCGAUGCCCUUCAUUGGCUGCCUGGUCUUGCCCCCUGGGAUUAGCCUCUCUUUUAGAUGCACAAUACAAACCCUAGCGAGCUGGUUGCCAACAACAACCCCAAAAUGCACGACAUCCCAAACGCCGGCGAAUAGAUCACCCUGGGAAAAGACGUCCUCGGUUCGUACAGGUUCUGUCGAUUGUCAAGGAGCUCUCCAGGGUCCUGAAAACUCGGCAGCUUUUCCAGCUAGCGAUCUCAUUCCGAACUCUCCGAUCCUCCAGGAACCUCCCCCUCUCCUUAUGACUCCAACACGUUCUUUUGGGAGGAGGUUGUAAAUACCUCGCCAUACCAUGGCCCACAUUAAAUACCUGCGUGCUGCUGUCUCAGGAUUCUAUCUGUGGGAAGCUGCGGUGCUGCUCAGUUUGGUGGCCACCAAGGAAACUGACAGUGUGAGAUCCCGUAGUACGCCAAUGUCUCCUUCGGAUUUUCUGGAUAAAUUAAUGGGAAGAAUGUCUGGCUAUGAUGCAAGAAUCAGACCAAAUUUCAAAGGGCCUCCAGUAAAUGUUACAUGCAACAUCUUCAUUAAUAGCUUUGGAUCCAUUGCAGAAACAACAAUGGAUUAUCGAGUGAAUAUUUUUCUUCGUCAGAACUGGAAUGAUCCACGUCUUGCUUAUAAUGAAUAUCCAGAUGACUCUUUAGAUUUAGAUCCAUCCAUGCUGGAUUCAAUCUGGAAACCUGAUUUAUUUUUUGCCAAUGAGAAGGGUGCCAACUUUCAUGAAGUAACAACUGACAAUAAGUUGCUUCGAAUUUUUAAAAAUGGAAAUGUUCUUUAUUCUAUAAGGUUGACUUUAAUACUUUCCUGUCCAAUGGAUCUCAAAAAUUUCCCAAUGGAUGUCCAGACCUGUAUAAUGCAACUGGAAAGCUUUGGUUAUACAAUGAAUGAUCUUGUAUUUGAAUGGCAAGAAAAUGGUGCUGUACAAGUAGCUGAUGGACUCACUUUGCCACAGUUUUUGUUGAAAGAAGAUAAAGAUCUUUGUUACUGCACAAAACACUACAAUACAGGAAAGUUUACCUGCAUUGAAGUUCGAUUCCAUCUUGAAAGGCAGAUGGGAUAUUAUCUUAUUCAAAUGUAUAUUCCCAGUCUCCUGAUUGUCAUACUGUCAUGGGUGUCAUUUUGGAUCAACAUGGAUGCUGCUCCAGCUAGAGUGGCUCUAGGUAUAACAACUGUACUCACAAUGACGACCCAGAGUUCAGGAUCACGGACUUCACUCCCAAAGGUAUCAUAUGUCAAGGCUAUUGACAUCUGGAUGGCUGUUUGCUUGCUUUUUGUGUUCUCCGCACUUCUGGAAUAUGCAGCUGUAAAUUUUGUGUCAAGACAACAUAAAGAACUGUUAAGAUUUCACCGAAAAAGAAAGAAGAAUAAGGAUGAUGAUAUAAGGGAAAAUCGGUUCAAUUUCACGGGCUAUGGAAUGGGACCACCAUGUAUACAAGCAAAGGAUGGAGUGGUCCCAAAAGGGUCCAAUAAUCCAGUUCAGUCUGCAUUCCUUACUCCUGAAGAAAUGAGGAAAGUAUUCAUUGAUCAGGCCAAGAAAAUUGAUACCAUAUCCAGAGCCUGUUUCCCUUUAGCCUUUCUUAUAUUCAACAUUUUCUACUGGGUUAUCUAUAAAAUUGUUAGGCAUGAGGACAUUCACCAAAAACAAAAUUAAGGUUUUCACUUUUUAACAGUUCUCAUUUUGGUUACAGUGGUAAAAAUCAGUAUUGAAAUACUUUUUAAAAAACAAGAGCUCGAUGGGGGGAAAAAAAUCCAAGAAACAAAAUACUUAUGUGAUUUGCUAUGCAAAGUCACAAUGAUGUGGGGGGGGGGAAGACAUCCAAUAAAGAUGCAGCAUAGUCUACCACAGUAUUUCUACUUGUCAUUAAUUUUAGUUUUGCAAAGUAAAUGACAAUGCUGCUAGGUAAAAUGUUACUGCCAAUCUUUCUAUAUAUUGUUACAUAAUAAUAUAGUAUUCUUUGAAGUCCUUGUUAUAAUUUUUAAUUCAGCUAUAUUUUUUUAAUCUAUGAAAAGGAAGUCCCCAAAGUCCUGAGAUAAGUGCCAUAUAAUCAAGCCUACUUUAAAUUUUAUAAGUGAACACUGUUUUGAGUCUUGAGUUUAAAAAAUCUUAACUACUUUAAGUAAUAAAGCUUGUUUUCUAGAUUUAAGGACACUGCCAAUGGCCUUUGUAUUAAACAGAGAAUGCAUUUUAGAUAAUACACUGAAAAAAGAAACUGCAUGCAAACACAAAUACACGCAAUCCACAAAUCACUUAUUCUAUGAAAUUGUACCAAUGUUUCCUUUAAUGUGUCGAUUCUAUUCUGGAAAAAGAUACACUGGUAAUUGCCAGCCAUAUCACAAAUAUGACUGACAACUGAUUUCAGAUACAAGAUUUUUGACAUACAAAAAGGCAGGUUAGGUCAUUGCAUAUUAUUCAGCACAAUGUUAGAAAUUUUGAUCUUCUUUUGAAGGUGGGUGGGAAGUGAGGGAAAGGGAAGACAGAAGCUCAAUGUCAUAAAUUUUUAAAAUGUAUUGUUUAUUUAUUUAGAAAUUUUAUAUAACCUACUCACCCACAGUGACUCUAAGCAGCUUACAAACAAUAAAACACAGUAUAGGGGAAAAAAUUAAAAAAUAACCCAACACCCAUCCACCCCUGGCAACAACACUCAGUCAAAUAAGCCAUUUUAUGGGCUCCAUCCCACUCUGAGUUCCCCAGGCCCACUGGCGAAAUCAAGUCUUCAGGGCCUUAUGAAAAAGUGUUAAAGUGGGUCCAGUUUAAUUUCUGAAGAGAUGAUAUUCCAAAGGGAGGGAGCCACCAAUUGAGAAGGCCCUUCUUCUAGGUCCCACCAGAAGUACCUCCAUUGGGGACAGGACCCAUAACAUUCCUUGCCUCCCCACUCUAAUGAGUUAGGUGGAUAUGACUGGCAAGAGCCGGUCCCUCAGAUAACAGUCUGAAAUAUUAGAUGGUAGUGUAGUAUUUCCAAUUCAGUACAAAAUUUUUCAACAACCAUUUUAUUACUGAAAUUUGUGGCAUAGCUUUGACAAAUAAACUGGCCAUAGUGCAAUGAUUUGGCUUUAUCUAUUAUUACAUAGGAGACAGAUUUACCCAUCCAUUCAUGUAAGUGCUCAUUAUAAAUUGGCCUGAGAAUGUUAACCAUGCUUAAAAUUAUUCAACUUAUAGGUAACAUAUACUCAAUUAAUUAUACUGUAUACCCACUUACUGAAAAGUUAGUACCAUUGGAAUCAAACUUCUGAGGUAAAUACAUUUAAAAUCAGCCUGAUUCAGCAUUCAUUGACAAGUCUAAUAAUAAAUACUUAAAUAAUUUUUGAACCACUUUUUCCAAGAAAACAGGCAGCAUAUUUCAGGAUAAUGAAAGGUUCUUAACAAAUCUAUAUAUUGGUUGGGAAGAAAGAUAAAUCUUCCAUUCCAAAUAUAGUUUGAAGGUCACUAUGUACAUUCUGAAUCCAAUUUUUCAUUGAGGUGGAUGGAUCCUGAAUCAAUGUUCAUUGGAAAUAUUAAAUCAUUGGUUGGAUCAAAAAAUAUUUCUUGGAUUAAAAAAUAUCCUAAUGGAUUUCUGGAAUAUUUUACAUCAAAGUUAUUUUCUGUUUACAAAAAGUAAACUGGAAAAUUGUACUCUACUAUCUCUUGAUGUAGAAAUGAGGCUGCAGAGAUAUAUAAUUAUUUAUGGUUCAGCUUUAACUUCAUUCUGUUUACAUGAACAGAGGCCUUUUAGUCAUCUUUUCCUGAAACUUUAGUCUUGAUAAGCCAAAAUAGACUUUGUGUAAAAACUGUAGAAUUCAUAUCUGAACUUGGACUCAGAAACAUUUCAAAAAGUUUUAAAUGUUUCUGCCACUUCAAUUUUUGAUUUUUUAAAAAGCUUUAAAUUGUAGAAUUUUUAUAUUCACAUUGAUUAUUUCACAUGUAAUUAGAAGUUCUCAGCACAGUGAGAGUCUACAUUGCUUUCUGUAUCUUCUGACUUUUUAAUCAAAGAAGUUAGGCACAAAAUGCUAAAAGGAUCAUUAUAUGAAGAAUAGCAGUUGUAGUUAUUUAUUCCAUUAUCAUGUUUGGCCUUUCUUAAAUGUUUAGUUCCUAAUAGACAUAUCAAUCAUAUUCCUUGUUUAUAUUGUAGUCUUCACUUGUUCAGCAAGAAACUAUUUCAACUCUUAGUUGUGAUUAAAGGAAUCAGUCACUGUAUGCAAAUACUUCAAGCAGUACUUUAAAUCAUAUUAUUUUUCCCUAAUUUGGCUUCUUCAUUUAUUUAAUUUUGUUUAUUCAUAAACAAAAGUGUGUUUUAAAUAUGGGAUAAAGACAUCAGCAUCAGACUGGUAUUAUAAGUAUUCAAGUAAGAUCUUGAAUCUUGAAUAGAAUAGAGCUGGAAGGAAUCUUGGAGGUCUUUUGUCCAUCCCCCUACUCAAGCAGGAGAACCUAUACCAUCUCAGAUAAGUGACUGUCUAGUCUCUUCUUA